CUUUUGACAGUCUUAUUUCAACGUGUCUUAUGUCCUUUGUACGGAAAAUCUUCUUUCGUAAAAAUUUUAAUAACCCAUACGCGUUCGAACCUAUCGUUGUAACGAUUAACGCUUAAUUUUUUCUUUCCCUUUUCCUUUUCGUUCCCCAAAGGAACAGAUGAUAGAAACGGGAUGCGAUAGAAUUUCGUUGAGAUUGCAUUAAAUUCAACUAUGUUAAGGUAGAUUAAAUCAAAAGAGUUUACACUAAAUCAGACUAUAUACACAUAUAUAUAGAUCAGAUGCGAUGGAAUAGAACGAGACAAGACAUUAAAUAAACAUCCUAGAAACACAGGGAAGAUGCAAACGAUCAAGUGUGUCGUAGUAGGAGACGGAGCAGUAGGUAAAACUUGCCUGCUGAUUUCGUACACCACCAACAAGUUUCCAUCGGAAUAUGUUCCAACGGUAUUUGACAAUUAUGCUGUUACCGUCAUGAUCGGUGGUGAACCAUAUACUUUGGGAUUAUUCGAUACAGCUGGUCAAGAGGAUUACGAUCGAUUACGUCCUUUAAGUUAUCCCCAAACGGACGUGUUUCUUGUUUGCUUUUCUGUUGUCUCGCCAUCGUCGUUCGAAAACGUUAAGGAGAAGUGGGUUCCAGAAAUAACUCAUCAUUGUCAGAAAACGCCGUUCUUAUUAGUUGGUACCCAAAUUGAUUUGCGAGACGAUGCCGCCACAAUUGAGAAGCUUGCAAAAAAUAAACAAAAGCCUAUAUCGGCUGAACAAGGUGAAAAACUUGCCAAAGAGCUUAAAGCGGUUAAAUAUGUCGAGUGCAGUGCUCUUACACAGUUUCUUCAAUUUUCAGAAAGGUUUAAAAAAUGUGUUCGACGAAGCAAUCUUGGCAGCUUUAGAGCCUCCAGAGCCAGUCAGAAGAAGACGGUGUAUCGUUUUGUAGAACGUAACCAACCGUAACUAACAUUUUUUCUACAAUCUAUUAGCGAUGUUCAGUCGAGGACUGUGAGUUCCAUCGUACGGUGCAUGCAAGAAUAUUUUCGAGUACCGAUAGUUUUGAUAUCCAAACAUCGGUAUCAUCUGCCUUUUGUUUUUUACUUGUUCGGUAGCUAUUCGCGAUUCGAACGAAAAAGUUUACAAAAUAAAAAGAAACAAGGCAUUUUAUCUACAAGGAAACUGCGUAUACAUGUAUGUACGUACGUAUAUCUUACUGUCGAUCAACUUGUUAUGAGCAAAAACGAGACACGAUGAGAGAGAAAAGGAAAGGAACGGAACGGAACGGAAAGGAAAGGAAAGGAAAGGAAAGGAAAGGAAAGGAAAGGAAAGG